UCACAUUGAUUAUAAUAAACUACACAUCAUCGUAUACAUUCACUUAUGAUCAUGUUUUGCUUUUGAGCUGUGACAGAUUUCAAAUACUAACACAUUUUACUGAACAGUGGUUCUCUGUUUCCAAAAGUAUGAAGAAACGUCAUAUGCUUCCAGCAAUAGCAGUGUUGCAAAAAGGAUCAACGUCAAGUUCUUUAAUCGGGAUGCAACAAUUGACAUGGAAAUUGCCGUUCCAAAAAAACAAUAAUUUGACAUGGAAAUCUUUGCCGGAAUCAAGGUUUGAAGUGGUGGCCGAGUGCUGUAAGAUAAAAGAGUUUACUGUUGUUUGUGAAUUGGAAUCCCAGUUAUUGUCACUGGAAACAACCUAUGCAUGUUAUCUUGUGUACAAACUACCUACAAAACGCUCCUUGGUUAGCGGUCUGAUACAAAUAGAUGACAAAACCCGGGGUGAGAGCAAUCACAAGCUACAACUUGUCGAUUUACUUACUCCUACUCAUAUCCCGUUAAUCAGACGCACAGCUGAUGAGCCUCAUGCCAUCCCAAUAAGAACUCGCAAAAUAAAAGGCCACCCAAAACUGAGGAAAGAUGGUUGGUUGGAGAUUCAAAUAUGGGACUUCCACACUGAUGCUGCCCAUAAACCAAUCACGAUGAAUUUUCACGUGAAAAGUUACGAUCAAUGUAAUCUCACAGGUCUUCUUGUACAAGGCAUUGAAUUUAGGCCCACAAAAGUUUCAUUAGCGCGACCUUAAUGAUUCAUUACUAAUGUUACACAAUGUCACAUAUGCAUUUUUGUUGAUGGUAUGUUUGUGGAAUUCUCAAUCAUUAAAACUGCAUGUUAUUGCUAUUAUAA